AUGGAGCACUAUUACCUCGGCCUUGAUUUAUCUACACAGCAAUUGAAAUGUACUUUAAUCAACGAGAAACAUGACAUUGUUUGGGAGAAGGCUGUGAAUUUUGAUAAGGAUUUGCCUGAAUUCAAGACCAAACAUGGCGCUAUUGUAAACGACAAUGUAGUUACGUCGCCUACGUUGAUGUGGGUAAAAGCCUUAGAUCUGUUGAUGCAAGCACUGAAAGACACGCUGUAUGUUGGAUCCAUUCGAGGCAUCUCAGGCGCUGGUCAGCAACAUGGAAGUGUGUAUUGGAAUAAGUCGGGCAUUGACAAGCUGUCUCAGCUGAAUGAUAAAAGUACUCUGGCUGAUCAAUUGAAAGACGCAUUCUCAAUCAAUCAAUCACCUAUUUGGCAAGAUGCUAGCACAACAACUGAAUGCCGUGCCUUGGAGGAUUUGGUUGGCGGUCCUGCAGAAUUAGCCAAGCUCACUGGUUCAAAGGCGUACGAGAGAUUCACUGGAAAUCAGAUUGCUAAGAUUUAUCACCACAACAAGGCUGCUUAUAAUCAAACCGCGCGCAUUAAUUUGGUGAGUUCGUUGUUGGCGACUCUUUUAUUGGGUGAAUUUAGCCCUGUAGACGCGGCUGAAGGUUCAGGAACAAACAUGAUGAACAUUGACUCUCAUAAAUGGGACGACAAGCUAUUGAGGCAAUGCGGUGGCGAGGAUUUGGCAGAUAAGCUAGCAAAAGAGCCUGUGGAGGGUGGCACUGUGCUUGGCAAGAUUAGUAAAUAUUAUGUAAGGCGAUAUGGAUUUGAUCCAGAGUGCAAAAUCAUGCCAUUCACUGGUGACAAUUCAGCAACACUGGUCUCUAUGAAUUUGAGUGAGGGUGAUUGUGUGGUGUCAUUAGGCACAUCGGAUACGGUUCUUGUCUACCUGAAAAAGGGUGCUGCUACAACCACAGAAUCUCAUUUGAUGGCUCAUCCUACUGACCCAGAAGGCUUUAUGGGUAUGCUUUGUUACAAGAAUGGUUCCUUGGCUCGUGAGUUUAUUAGAGACGAAUACGCUGAUGGCAACUGGGACACAUUUAAUGAGUAUCUCAACAACAAGGAGGCCAUCUUGGAUGGCUGUGUGGGUUAUUAUUACUGGAUGCAAGAAAUCAUUCCGUUUGCCAAGGGCAUAUAUCGAUUUGAAAACAACAAGGGCGUAAAAGAAUUCAGUGAUAAGACGGUCAAUGUAAAGGCUAUUGUGGAAUCGCAAUUCAUGUCUAUGAAAAUCAGACUUCGACGUAUGGGUGGCGAUCAUGUCAAGCGCGUAUUGGCUUCAGGUGGUGCUGCUGCAAAUCCAAACAUCUUGCAAGCACUGUCCAACAUCUUGGGAUUACCUGUGUAUAGACAAAAGGGUAUGAAUGGUGCAAGUUUAGGUGGUGCUUUGCUGGCUAAAUUUGCCUUGCAAGACAAGUCGUUUGAAGACAUGAUGGCAGAGCACCCCUUUUCAGGAUUAGAUUUGAUUUGUGAGCCUGAUUCAAACAAAUGCAAAAAGUACAUGGAUCAUGCUGAUCAAUUCACAGAGUUAGAAAAGAGCAUUGUACAAUAA